GGUCUCUGUGAGUGUGCUCUAGGUUGGCUGCUGCUUCCCUCCCAAUCCCCUCCCAUCUUCCCUCCCAGUCCCCCUGAAGAUCUCCUCAUCCACUUUCUUCUUUCUCUACAGAUGAACAGUCCUAGACUCCCAUGGAGCAAUUGAUUGAGUAAUGAUGUAAAUUUGAGAGGGGGGGGCAAAAAAAGAAGAAACUUGAGACGUGGGUCAUCAUUGGUUUGCAGUGUUGGUCUUGCUUUCUCUUUGUGGUGUUGGGUUUGAAUUGCGCUGUUUCUUUUCUUUUUGUUCUUUUGAUGGGUUCAGAGGUUGAGGAAGCGUUGUUAAAGAGAAGUGAGAACGGUGAGGAAGGCCUGAGAGGGGAGAGGGUUUGCGGCAGUUGCAGGGACGGUCUUUGUCGUUGUCGUAGCCAUUUCGUCUGGUCUUAGAGAUGGGAGCUUUUGGUUCCAAAAUCGCUGCUUUCAAGUGAGAGAAAGUCUUGAUCUUGAAGCCAUCUGUCCCUCUCUCGCUCUUCUCUCAAGAUCCAAUCGAUAUAAACACAGAGAAAUUCAAUCGCAGUGAAGUUGAGAACUGUCUGUUUAAAGCUCAAAUUGAAUGAAGAGGCUUGGCAGCUCAGACUCUUUGGGUGCUCUCAUGUCCAUCUGCAGAGCCACAGAGGAGCAGGGCAGCCCGAGGAGCAGCAGCGCGGCCGUGGCGGCGGCGGCGAUAUACGGGAGGGAGUUCCAGUCAAUGCUGGAAGGGCUGGACGAGGAUGGUUGCGGUGAGGAGGUGGCGGUGGUGGGGGGCCCGUCGGAGAAGAAGAGGAGGCUGAGCGUGGAGCAGGUGAAGGCGCUAGAGAAGAACUUCGAGGUGGAGAACAAGCUGGAGCCGGAGAGGAAGGUGAAGCUGGCACAGGAGCUCGGCCUCCAGCCCCGGCAGGUGGCGGUUUGGUUCCAGAACCGCCGCGCCCGGUGGAAGACCAAGCAGCUUGAGCGCGACUACGGCGUACUCAAGGCCAAUUACGACUCCCUCAAGCUCAGCUACGACGCCCUCCAACGCGACAACGACGCCCUCCUCAAAGAGAUCAGGGAGCUGAAAUCGAAGCUCAACGAGAACUCCGAUCAAAGCAAUCUCUCCCUCAAAGACGAAGCGACUGCUGCUUCCGAAUCUGAGAACACGAAGCUGAUGGGGGAGACGAAACCAACCCCGACCCUUCUGCCCAAUCUUGACCCCAAGGAGCCCAACCUUUCAUCUGACAGCGACUCGAGCGCGAUCCUAAACGAAGAAAACGCGGCGAGCAGCAGCCCCAGCAAUGCUGCUAUCUCUUCUUCGGGUGUCGGGGUCCUCCAGCCCCAACAACACAAUCUAAUGCUUUACCCGCAGCACUACGUGAAGUUGGAGGAGCACAAUUUCCUCGGGGACGAGGCCUGCAAUUUCUUCUCGGACGAGCAAGCCCCGACACUCCACUGGUAUUGCCCCGACCAGUGGAACUGAGCGUCGCCGUGUACAUCUAGGGCAGAGGGGAUGGGAAAUGACCCGAAACUGAUCAAUCGAGAUCGGGAGGGUGACCUACUACGGCAAUAGUCCAUAUCCUCUAAUCUCCUGUUUGAAGGGCAAACUUAGAAAUUUCUUCAUCAAAGUUCGGCGAGCUGGAGCUCUCGAGGGUGUGGAUUGAUGUCCGGCAAGAUGCUAUGAGUGCGGUAGCCAGUAAUAAGGGUCGUAUUAGCGUAUCGUUUAGCUAAUUAGGCAGCUUAAUUAGCUUCCUAAGGUAAAUUUUGUGAAUACAAGAAAUUUUCUCAAAGAGAAAAAGAACUGUAUUGAAGAUCGUGAAGAUGUAGUCCCAAAGAAAUGGCUGCCUUUUAAAAACUAAUCAGAAAAAAAAUUAAUAAGCCGUGUUGCUAUAUGAGCGGUGAAGUGACUUGAGAAGGAAUAUAAUUUAUGAAUAAUAAUCGAUUUAAUUAGUUGAAAA